AUGGGUAAAGAAAUAGUUCGCCAAGAGUCACCAUCUGAGCCAGGCAAACGAAGCAGAUUGUGGUUUUAUGAGGAUAUUUGUCAUGUCCUAGAAGAAAAUACUGGGACGAGUAAAAUUAAAGGCAUCAUGAUGAAUUUUCCAGAAGAACAUCAUGAGAUAUCCUUGAGUGCUAAUAGCUUCUCAAGGAUGAAAAAUCUUCAAAUUUUCAUAAAUAGGAAUGCACGAUUUUCUGAAACUCGUGUGGAUUAUCUCCCCAACGAGUUGAGGUUGCUUGAUUGGCCUAAAUGUCCGUUGCAAACUUUUCCAUCCAGUUUUAAUCCAAAGAAACUUGUGGAAAUCAAUAUGCCUCGCAGCAGCUUGUCACAACUUGGAGAAGGAUUCAAGAGGUUGCAGAAUCUAAAAUCUAUGAGUUUGGAGGGAUGCAAGUUCCUCACAGAAACCCCCAACUUCUCUGGAUUCCCAAAUUUAGAGGACUUGAAUCUAAACUACUGUACAAGUUUAGUUGAGGUUCAUCCUUCUGUUGGAUUCCUUGAUAAGCUUAUUUGCUUGAGUAUGAGAGGAUGCCGUAAACUUACGAAACUUCCAGGAAGGGUUCACUUAAAAUCUCUGGAAUCUAUAGAUCUUAGUCAUUGUGGAAGGCUAAAAAAUUUCCCUGAGAUUGUUGGAAAGAUGGAAUCAUUGGGAGAGAUGAACCUAUCCGGCACUGCCAUCGAAGAAUUGCCUUCAUCAAUCAGAUAUCUCAUUCGUCUGUAUUCGUUGAAGUUAAGCAACUGCAAAAACUUCACAAAUCUGCCAUGCAGCAUUUAUGAGUUACAGAAUCUUCAAUUUGUUUAUCUUCGUGGAUGCCAGAAGCUUGUGAGAUUUCCAAAUAAGGUGAUUCCAACCUACUCAAAUGACAUUGCUGGUUCUUUAACGCUUCCAAAUCUUUCCCAUUUAUAUAUAGAAGGAGCCAAUUUAUCCGAAAUCGAUUUCCUUGGGACUCUUGAUUGUUGGUCCAGAUUAGGCAUACUAGAUCUUUCAGGAUCCAAUUUUGUUAGACUUCCCGAAUGGAUUACCAAAUUUGUCAACAUGCAAGAACUGAACUUGGUUGGCUGCAAGAGGCUUGUAGAGAUUCCAGAUCUUCCACCAAACAUAUAUUCAGUAGAUGUGAGUGGUUGCAUAUCAUUGGAAAGAUUUGCGAAAUUGCCAAACAUCUUGGAAG